AUGCUGGGUAUCAUAGAACUCGGCAUUCAGUAUCGAUUAUGGCGGUCACAAGCGUCAAAGGGAAAAAAGAGUCCGAGGAGUGGGCCUGCGACACCUCUCGCAAAAAUGGCCUCCAAGUUGAAUGAGGAGUCGAUUUCGUUAGAAUCAGUAAUGGCCGAAUUCAAACUCUCAAACACAACAUUACGAAGAAUGAUGUCACAUAUGUCAGAUAAUAUGGAUCGAGGUCUUGAAUCUGGUUUAGAGAGAUCUACGAUUGCCAUGUUGCCUUCUUUUGUUCCAGAACUGCCAAACGGAAAAGAACGUGGCAAGUUCGUUGCUAUGGACUUAGGAGGUACCAACUUGCGUGUAAUGCUCAUGGAGCUAGAACCCGGUGAGCCUAUGCGCACAAAGCAAUUCAACACAAGAAUGCCAAACGCGGCAAUGCAUGGAACCGGUGAAAAACUCUUCGACUACAUUGCGAAAGCCCUUUGUGAUUUUCUAAUUGAGAGAGAAUUAGCUGAUGAAUGCCUCCCAGUUGGAUUCACUUUUUCAUAUCCAUGUGAUCAAACUGGUCUUCGAUCUGCAACAUUGCUUAGAUGGACUAAAGGAGUAACAGCUACAGGAUGUGUCGGUGAAGACGUUGUUCAACUUCUAGAAGAUGCGAUAAAGCGUGAUGGUCGUGUGAAAGUCAAUAUAGUUGCACUGAUCAAUGAUACUGUUGGAACAAUGGUUGCAGCAGCAUAUGAAGCUGGUGGACAUUGUGAUAUUGGUGUUAUUAUUGGUACUGGAACAAACGCUUCUUACAUGGAAUCGUCUAAAAAGAUUGUUCAUGGAUUGGCAAAUGCCACCGAAGAUUACAAUCAUAAAUCGAUGAUUAUUGAUACAGAAUGGGGAGGAUUCGGUGAUAACGGAGAAGCCGAUUAUAUUUUCACAAGAUAUGAUAAAAUUGUUGACUCGAAGUCUGACCAUCCAGGAGUUAAUUCCCUCGAUAAAUUAAUCGCCGGAAUGUGUAUGGGAGAACUCGUUCGUUUAGUAUUGGAGAGAUUGUGCGAGAAUAAGGUACUAUUCAACGGACAGGGAUCGAAAAUGCUCCGAACAAGAAAUACAUUCCCAACUAAAUAUAUUUCUGAAAUUUUACACGAUGAUUGUGGUGUGUACAGUAAUACUCGGCAAAUUAUGGAUGAAUUGGGUAUUGAAGGAGCAACAUUCAGUGAUAUGCUAUUACUUCGUGAAGUCUGUGUUGUUGUAUCCAGAAGGAGUGCUAAUUUGGCUGCAGCUGCAAUCGCAUGUGUUUUGAAUCGUGUUCGCCGACCGAAUAUGCUGGUCGCCAUUGAUGGAUCCACAUACAAAUAUCAUCCAUUCUUCAAUCAUUGGGUCUGUGAAAAGAUUCGAGAACUUUUAGACCCUGGUCUUGAUUUCAAAAUCGUCCAAACCGGAGAUGGAUCUGGUCGUGGAGCUGCUCUUAUUGCUGCAAUCGUCUCCAGAGUCAAGCGGGAAGAGGAGAAACGGCUGAAAGAUCUUGAAAUCCAACGUCAAAAAGCGGCAGAAGCCGAAGAGCGACGUCUUCUAGAAAUCGAGAAAGAGAAGGAAGAAGCAGAAGAACGAGCCCGGAAGAUUUCAGAAAUGAUGAGAUAUCAAAUUGAAAGAGGAGCCGAAGAAUCCUAUCAGAGACAUGAAUGA